AAAACUACAGCGAAACAAAAAUCAGCGAGUCAACUGUGGAGCGCUCAGUCGGUGUUUUAACUUUAAAAUGAAAAUAACUUUUAAAAUUAAAACAUAAACGCGCUUGUGCUAGACAAAAUACUAAACAGUUCGAAUUUAUUGAGUGUAAGGAAGUGCUUAACAUAAAUGCAGGACUUCGGUGAAGUGCAAUAACAGUCGCUUGUAAAUGCAAUUUGUAUUUGAAACAAUUGUGAACAUUUAGAACGAAUGGGAGCGUGAACAUCUGUCAGUUUGCGGUCGCGCUGCUUCUUCCUUUCGUCGCCACUGUGCAUUAUUGUUGGUGUGUUGUGUGCAGUUUUGUGUUGUUUUUAACUGUUUGGUACGUUUUUACUACCAUUAAUAAAUUGCCGUGAGUGUGUGAUAAACAAAAGCGUGUAGUAAUUUUUAUAUCAAAUAAUAUUUUAUUUAUAAUACACCACAACUCGGAGCUAAACAAAGUUAAGCGUAAAAGAGAUAAACGCGCCACCAAAUCACUAAAUAUCACACUGUAACGCAAGUGCCAAAUUUUUUAAACGCAACUCUGCCAAAUUUUUACACAGCGGAAAUAAACAAUACGUCCAAAUAAGUAAACGUUAGCAUAUAAUAUUAAGUGUUCUACGUGCGUGUAGUUUUCAAACAUGGAAAUAUACGCGCCUCUACACACAUUUGCCUGCAACAGCGUCGCAUUCAUAUUCGCUAAAUGAAGAGUUAUAGUGAUUACCAUAUUGGCACCCCUCCCAGCAGCACUGCAACCGCAUUGGAGCAUCACUUGGAACAGUAUAGCCCCACAGCUAUUAGCACCUUAGCCAACGGUCACCAGCAUCAUCAUCACCAACAGCAGCAGCAGCAGCAACAACAACAGCACUCACCAGCACACCAGCACCAUCAACAAUUGCUACACCAUCACUCACCGCAUUUACACGACCUCAACGAUUCGUUAUCACCACCCACGUCCAUAUUGCAAUCGCAUAACGCUGCAGCCAUAUCGGCAGCUGUUGCAACGUUGCCACAGAUGCCGCACUUUGGACUUGGUGGCGGUGUAGGUGGCGCUUAUGCGCAAACACCACCCAGUCCGCCGGUACAUCAUGGCGCUGGCGGCGGUGGUGGUUUAUUGCCACCCAAUUCGCCACAUCAUCAUCAACAGCAACACCAUCAGCAACAGCAGCAGCAACAACAUCAUCUUGCAAUGCUGCCGCGCGGUUUGAAUGCUGGCAGCGGUGGUGGUGGUGGCGGUUGUGGCCCACUCAUGUCUACAGGUCUGAAUUCCAAUGCGGUUGGUGUGCCAUAUCGGCCACAUAUUGAGGAUAAAAAAUUGACACGAGAUGCAAUGGAGCGUUAUAUGCGCGAACGCAACGAUAUGGUCAUUGUGAUUCUACAUGCGAAGGUCGCGCAAAAGUCAUACGGCAAUGAGAAGCGUUUCUUUUGCCCACCACCGUGCAUUUAUUUAUUUGGCAGCGGUUGGCGUCGACGCUACGAGGAGAUGCUGCAGAAGGGCGAGGGUGAGCAUUGCGCUCAGUUGUGCGCCUUCAUCGGCAUCGGCAGCUCGGAUCAGGAUAUGCAACAACUCGAUUUAAAUGGCAAGCAAUAUUGCGCCGCCAAGACGCUGUUCAUUUCCGAUUCGGAUAAGCGUAAGCAUUUUAUGUUGUCGGUGAAGAUGUUCUACGGCAAUGGGCACGACAUCGGUGUGUUCAAUUCGAAACGCAUUAAAGUCAUAUCGAAGCCAUCGAAGAAGAAGCAAUCGCUGAAAAAUGCCGAUUUAUGCAUAGCGAGCGGGACCAAUGUGGCGCUGUUCAAUCGCCUGCGCUCGCAAACGGUGUCGACGCGUUACCUGCAUGUGGAGAAUGGACACUUUCAUGCGUCGUCGACGCAGUGGGGCGCCUUUACGAUACAUUUGCUCGACGACAAUGAAUCGGAGUCGGAGGAGUUUCAGGUACGCGAUGGCUACAUACAUUAUGGUGCGACGGUGAAACUGGUGUGUUCGGUGACGGGUAUGGCACUGCCACGCCUCAUCAUACGCAAAGUGGACAAGCAAAUGGCACUGUUGGAGGCUGACGAUCCGGUGUCGCAAUUGCAUAAAUGCGCUUUCUACAUGAAGGACACGGAUCAUAUGUAUCUCUGUCUGUCACAGGAGAAAAUCAUACAAUUCCAAGCGACACCAUGUCCGAAAGAACCAAAUAAAGAAAUGAUCAACGACGGCGCUUGCUGGACGAUCAUCUCGACAGACAAAGCUGAAUAUCAGUUUUACGAAGGAAUGGGUCCUGUGGGCUCCCCAGUCACACCGGUGCCAAUUGUAAAUUCGCUCAACUUGAAUGGCGGCGGCGAUGUAGCGAUGCUGGAACUGAGCGGCGACAACUUUACGCCGCACUUGCAAGUCUGGUUCGGUGAUGUGGAGGCGGAAACAAUGUACCGCUGCACGGAAACACUGCUGUGUGUGGUGCCGGAGAUCUCACAAUUCCGUGGUGAAUGGUUAUGGGUACGCCAACCCACACAGGUGCCCAUCUCGCUGGUGCGCAACGAUGGCAUCAUUUAUGCAACGGGUCUAACAUUCACCUACACGCCGGAGCCUGGUCCACGGCCGCAUUGCACGCAAGCCGAGGAUGUUAUGCGUACGCGCAGUGCAACAGCAACAACAAAUAACAAUAACGGCAACAAUAACACGGGCAACAACAACAAUCUGAGUGGCAUGAGCAACAAUAACAACAAUAAUGUUGCGCACUCACCCGGCGAUGGUGGCGCCGCGAACAAUGCAACGGUAAAUGCCAGUCAUCAAAUGCACCAAACAUUGCCGUCCAUGAACGAGGUGCAGUGGAAUACGCACGGCGGCGGCGCAUUGUCCUGAGUGCGGGCGCCACAUAUGCUGUCGGCAUAUUACGGUGUGGCUCUAGUGGUGGAGCAGACAUUUUUUAUGCUUUAGAAAUUAGUGGAUUGUUUGCGUGCAUGCUAUUGUACUUUAUUACAUAUGUAUGUGCAUUUUUUAUGAAUUUAAUUAUUUUUAGUUGUAAAUUUUAUAUUUAAAUUUUUUCAAAUAUUUUACCUAAUUUUUUUUUUGUGGUAAUUUAUAUAUUUAUUUAAAAUUUUUUUUAAUAUAAAAUUUAAAAAAUCUAUAAAAAUAUUAAUUUAAAUAGGUGAAAAAUAUUUAACUUAAUUUUUAUAGAUUUUCUAAAUUUUAUAUAUAAAAUUUUUUAAAUUCUUUGCUUUAUUUUUUUUUUAAUUCUGGUAAAUUUUGUUGUUUUCUUUUUUAUUUUUGUUUACAAAUUAGCUUUUUUUACAUUUUUGUACUUUUUUUUAUUUUUUAACCUUUUAAAUUUUUUACAUAUUAUUAUGUUUUUUUAAUAUUUCAUAACUUUUUUUAUAUAAACUCAUUCCACACUUUUUUACAAUUUUUUUUUUAAUUUUUGUUAAUUUAAAAUUUUUUAAAUUCUUUUUCUUAUUGGAGCUUUUUUUAUAAAAUAUAAUACCUACCAUUUUAGGUAUUUUUUGUAUAUUAUGUUUUCUGAUUAAUUUUUUUGUUUGAAAAUAUUUUUAAUAUUUUAUUAUACAUGUAUUUAAUUUAAUUUUGUUUUUUUUUCGUUUUCGUUGAAUUUUUUAAAUUUCUUUUUAAUAUUUCCUCAAUUUUUUAAAUAAUUUUUUAACAUAUUUUUUCAAUAUUUCUUUUUUAAUCUUGUCCUCGAUUUUUUUUUAGAAUUUUUUAAUCCAUUUCUUAUUUUUUAGAAUAUUUUUUCUUUUUUUGUAGAAUGUUUUUUUUAUUUUUUUUUAAUUUGGAUGUUUUUAAAUCAACAUUUUGAACAACCAUUAGUCGCUGUGUAUUCUAUGUAAACAAAAAUGCACACACAUACAAUUAAUAUGUACAUAUGCAGUUAUAAUUUUUUUUUUUUUAAUAUUUUCUUACACACACAUUCAAGCAAAGAAAUCAUGUUACUAAAUAACUGUCAAACUUUUCAUUCCUGCAUAGAUUGCAAAUAUUCGAAACUAAAUGUCAAUAUCAGGGAUAAGUUUUAAUCAAAAACAGCUGCAAAUGCUUUUUACUAUAAAUAGUCCCUGCAGGCAAGACUAAGCAAACGAAAAACAAAAAACUAAAACAACAAAUGCAUCCAAAAUGAACAAACAAACAAGUAUACAUACCUUUUAUACAUAUACAUUUAUAUACAAAACAAAGAUAACUACAUCUGUGCAAGUACAUACAAGAGAAAAACAAAAUUGAGGAAAAUUUUUGAAUAAAAAGCAAAAGUUCUUUACACUGAUUUUUAGACGCGUAAGCUGCCUAGACUUAAUUUAGCCUUUAAUGCAAAUGUAACUGUACAUAUAUACAAACUUAUAUACAUAGUUCAGUUGUUUAUGAUCGCAUGAAGCUAGAACAAAUUCUACAUUUAAUAUUUAAGCUACAAAUCUCAAUGAAAUUGGACACAAACGGACCGCGACCGUCGCAGACAUAUGCCUACAACUGUAUUUGCAUAGUUUUAAAACACACACAAAAUGAGCAUAUUGCAUUUUUUUAAAUGAAUGCCGCAAACUGUACUAGUACAUAGCAACGUAAAAUCAUAUACAUAUAUACAUACAUACAUACAUACAUAUAUAUGCAUAUAUGCAUACAUAUUUUAUACGUUAGGCUAUUUAUAUAUACAUGCAUACAAAAUAUAUUAUAUAUAUACUACAUAUAUAUAUUUCUACAUUAUCUACUAGGUAAGCGUGUGCACACGCAUGCGCCUGUGCGGGCAUAUGUAAAAUUAGUUAAAAGGAAGAAAAUCAAAUAGUUAUAAAUUAAGCAUAUUUUAUUAGUAAGUGAACUUAAAAAGACAAAAUGUAAAUUAAGAAAACAAAAAAUAUUAGUUUAAGUAAGCAACUGAAACAUUACCAGAGAUAAAUAAAUUAUUUUGUAAAAAAAAAAUAUUUAUGCGCAA